AUGUCCUCCGGAGUGCCGCUGGUGUGCCUCAGCCUGUACCUCGGGACCCAGAGCCUCAGCUGCCUGGUUUACGAGGGGGUGACCGACUGCGCGCUCAAGAAUUCGGGCACGCGGCACCUCAACUACAGCCUGGGAAACCUGUACGUGAUGUGGAUGCUCUUCCGACACCUCACCGGCAGCAAUGCCAAGCAGGUGAUGCUCUUUCGCUUGCGGAAUCACCAGAGCUACGCGGUGGUGUUCUCGUUCCUGUCGACCAUGUACUCGCUCUAUGAGUAUGCCGCCAAGGGCAUUCCCUACAGGAAUCCCGCGUCGGAGCUGAUGGCGGACCUGAUCAUCUUCCUCUUCUGGUUCCUCUCCAUCGUGACCAUCAUCAACGCUGCCCCGAGGGAGCACACCCCCGCCAUCAUGUACCUGAGCACGGUCAUCCCCGACACCACCCUGCAGAUCGAGUCCCUGGAGGUUGCUCCCGACGGGGCCUUCACGGAGAACGACCGCAAGAGGCUAUCCUUGGGGCCGCUGUCAAGGGACCAAGGGCCACUCGGAAGAAUGCUGAGGGAGACAGGCCGGCCUCUGAACGCGUCCUACCGGGGCUACACGCAGGAGAUGGGGUCCCAACACGAUUCGGCCAUUUUUUCUCACCUGGGCAACACGCUAGAGCGUACAGGCAGCCUUCACGGCAGCACCACCGGCGGCGGAGGGGCUUUGAGCCAGCACGGAGGCGGCGGAAUCGGCUCCUCGACCCCGAGAUCGGCGUUGGACGAUAACAUGACGGCUGCGGAGCAGAGCACCAAGCGCCUGGGGUUCAACAGCGACCGCCGGAACACUGCCGCGGGAGGAGCGGCGUCGCUCUUCAAGAUGUCGGAGGGCCGCCAACGACAUUCUACAUCGGCGGGGGCGCUCAACCCCUACGAGGAUGUCGCGGACGGGGAAGGAGAUGCUCCCAUGGCGGAUGAAGCAGCGGCAGCAGAAGGAACAGCAGCGGCAGACGGCGGCGGCGAGUCGGGAGAGGGCGGCGCAGCGGACCCCAACGAGUACACGCACCCCCUGCUCAAGUACUACCGCAUGCACGGCCGCAUCCCUCCCCUGAGCUUCUUCAACACUUACCUCUGCGAGAUCGUGUUCUUCUGGAGGUUCAUGCUCUUCACGUUCACCGUGGGGUACAAGCUCUUCCUGUCCCUGGCUGCCUACUACAUCAUGAACAGGCAUUGGGCUCAGAUUUUCACCCCGCUGUCCACGUCUGCUCUGGUGGUGAGCUGGCUCCUGACGCUGGGGUGCGACCCUCGGGACCGCGUCAGCAACCAGAUGAUGAAUGUCCACUUCUGGUUCCACGCUUUGAGCGAGAUCCCGGAUAUCCUCGUUUGGAUCAAGACCGGGGAGACUUUGGAGGAGGACACGAGCGUGAAGUUGUUCUGGGAAGGAUCGUUCCUCAUGGCCGUCGAGUUCUACCUUGCGUUCCAGAUUCUGGUGGUGAUCUUCUCCGUGGUAUCCGGCUCGGUGUCCUUGUACUUCAUGGCCAAUCGAGAGGACGGCGUAACCGAGGUCGGAGAGGUCCGGCAGGGCCUGGAGUGGACCACCAUGUUCUUAUGGAUCGUCGUCUGCCUGCUCAUGGCUCACCUCACGCCGACCGUAGGAAGCGGCAGGGCUAAGGCGCUGGAGGCGAUGGUCAUCCAAAAUGGCGGCGGGACGGACUCCGCAGCAACACCAAACAUGCCACCUACAGCCAACGCUCCAGGCCUGGAUGAGGCCGCCAACAACCUGGCCCUGGCCAUGGCAGCGGAGAGGCGGAAAGGAAGCCGUGCCGGGCUUACCAGCAGUCCUUCCAAGGGAAGCCCCCCCCGCCUAUCGGGCCGCAAGCCCAGCACCCCCAACGGCGGACGGCAACAACGAAGGGACGGCAACAACAACACCGACACCAACGACGGCGGAGGGGCUACUGCUACUGCCGCCACCGAAACCAACGGAUCGACAGCGCUCGCCGGCAACGAGGGCGCGGAGAUGAUGCGCGUCUCCACUCCCACGCGGGACGGUGGCGGCGGCGGCGGCGAGGACUGGGUGGUGGUGGAUGGGGAGGAUGGCGACGAUGACAAGGAGGACGACAGCAGGUGUUGCUGUGCGUGCUGGGACUCGUUCGCCUUCUGGAUGGACCAGCGUAACACCCAGAACAACCUCCCCGUGUUCCGGCUGCUCUACUUCUCCUCGACGGUGGUUUACUUCAUCGUCAUGCUCGGGGUGGCGGCGGGAGGCAUCAAGAGGGGGUACGCGACAGCGGUGGUUGGGGUGUCGUUCGCAUGCGUGUGCUCUCACUGGCUCAUUUCCAUCGAGCACCCCACGUCUACGAUGGAAAUCGUGCACCUGCUGCUGCACGCCUGCACGGAGGCGAUCUCGGUGCUGCUCUGGGUCAGCGUCAGGGACUGGACCCAGGCUGUGUACACGCUCAGCGCGUUCUUCGCCGUGUACCCGUGUCUCUUCUACGGUAUUCAGGCACUCAAGCUAGGCCUUCACCGAAAGUUCUCGGACCACCUGGGCCUUGUGAGGGAGGCGAUGAAAAUCUUCGUGCGGUCAUCGGUGCUGCUCAUGGUCCUGAUGUACCUGGCGUUCGAGUGCAUCGGGUGCCUUAACUCAAGACCGGAAGCGGAUUGCGCGGCCCUUCUGUACGCUAACACACAGGUGGGACUGUCGGUGGUUCUCGGAUUCCUGUCCUUCCUCGGGCUGAUCGUGAUGCAGGACAUCACCUCGAGGCAUUUCUUGUCGCUCAGCUUCACGUGGCCCCAGGUGGCGGUGCUGACGUUCAGCCUGGUGGCGGUGGGGUUGUGCAUCUUCAGCCUGGCCAGCAGACACUUCAGCAAGCUCACCACUGACCUCUGGGAGCACAUGGUCGAGUUGGCGACGCUCUUCAGCUGGUACGCGGCCCUGCUAAUCCUGUGGAUCCGACGGCCAUGGUACGACACAGCCUGGGGGGAGAACGACAGCAUGAGCCUCAACGAGGCCGAUGAGGAGGAGGCGGGCAUCGGAGAGGACGACGACGACGAGGAGGUGUGGGAAGCAGGUUCGGCUGGAGACGAGAUCUCAGAAGACGCGGCACUAUCGGCGGCAGAAAAGGAACAGGGGCGAGAAGAGACCCCCGAGUGGGCUCGAGUUCCGACAGACGCCGGCGGUAACCCUGCUGCCGACCUCGUCUGAGCCGAGAGGGAAGCCUAUGGGCACUACUACCGAUGAGCCACGAACGCAUCGGAGGCCGGAGAGCCGAGGCAAACCAUGUCGCCCCGAUGAUUACGUCAAUAAUAACGUUUUGUUCGCUGUGAACAACGCGGUUUCCCAACCUAAAGGCGGUACCUUAUAAUGUUUUUUUUUUUUUUACUUUUUUCUUGGGAGAAUAGACUAAUAGAGGAAACGGGAGGACGGCGCCGGUUCCGUCACUACACGCAACCGUUAGCCUUUACUCAUGAGGCAGCGGCUUCAAAAGUUUAAGUGCGUACGUAGGCAGCAACCGCGCAUCCCAUACAUGGCCACUGUAGUGCAUUUUGAUGCGUUGAUGCAGGCGGGGUGUGUGUGUGUGUUCUUCACAUGUUGUAGCGUCGAUAGGGCUAAACGCCUGACCAAUGAAAAAAUCGGCGGUAUUGUUUCUGAAGAAACAAACGCUUCCUUGCUGGGCGAGUUCCUCCGGUUGGAGGGCAGCGGCGAAUAUAAUAGGCGGCAGGGAUGCCUGUGUUCGUGUCUGUUUGUUUACUUGCACUCACACCCUUGGCGUUCCAUCAGUUUCUAUAGCUCGGACCGAGCUCAGUUGGUUGUGUGUGUUUGCUUACUUUGCACUCACACUCCUUUCCGUGUCAUGAGUUGACGGCACGGACCGAGGUAGUAGGGUUUGUUCCAAACGGGUAGGCAUGGCGCCGGCUGCAACCUUUGCUCAGCGAGCGUUGAAAAAGGCUGACGGUCUAGGAGGGAAGGGGUCCCUGUUUGAAGGUGUUACGAUGUCUGUUGCUGUGUGGCGAUGUGUACAGGCAGGAGAACUACAUGGGGCUGCUUGUGAAACACUGGUAAAUACUUCGGUCGUGUGCGGGAGGUCGGUGGCUAUGUAGCGCUGCAUGCAUUCAUUCGUAGUCUUUCUCUGUCUUGGUUGCGAGUUUGUCCCACGCAAUGGUACCCUCGUAGUCCUCCCUUUCUGAACUGCUGUAGCGUCGGCAGGGUAUAUCCCACCGCUGGGAAGGAGACGUAUUGCGUCUCUCGUGGAAUGUGGAAUGGGGAGAAGCGCGCGAAAACUGCUGUGAAUCCAAGUCCACUUCGACUAGCGGGCCCUGCCAAAGUUCGGCCUCCGCUGUGUUUUAGGGGCCUCAAGUACACGGCAGCUGUGGGCAUGGGAGAAGCGAUUGUAUUGAACACGAAAGUGUGAAGACGAUGCUUUUUUUUAGCUCCUUUCCAGUAUCACGGCGUUUUUUGUCGGUUGGCGGGUGUCGUGUCUUCUUUGUGGACAGGUUUGGAUGGAUUGACCUCUGGCCACUCGCUGUCUAGGG